CAUUUUUGGGUACCAUUUUAUUACAUUCUAAACAUUUUUAUCAUAUUUUGUUUUAGUUGUAGUAGCCUAGUAGGAGCUCAAAUCUAUAUGACCAUUUUGGUCCAGUAGCCCAACUUUACCUCUCCCUAGGUGGCCUCGUCUUCUUCAUUCAAUCCCAAACUUCGCACAGAAUCCCAGUGGAAGUCGAACAAACCAGAAACCGAAAAACCCCAAAUCCCAUGCCAUAGGUCUGGACCCUAAAUUCCUCGUCUUUCUCCAUUUCAAUUCCGCGUUGAAGUUCCCAUUUCCCAAUCUUGAUUCCUCUUCUCGUCCCUGCCAUGCCAAGAAAGCAGUUGUCUUUCACUCUCGGCCGCCCACGGAGCUUAUCAUCUCGUCUGCAAUUCUCGAACUAGUCAUCUUCUCUGCAAGUUUCCUCUCAUUGAGGUAUAUGCUCCUUUCCUUUUUUGCAUCUGCAACGUAACUAAACCUCAUGCUAGCUACUUGUUUUUCCUAGGUGACUCCAUAAAAAUUGGGGGGUCGUCACCGUAACUGAUGUUCAGGAACAGCAACAUUACUGCUCGGCUUUUCGACCGCCAAAUCUCAGCUCCUGCUCCUGGAACUAGUGUUAAUUGCAAUAGAAGAUUUUAUGAGAACUUAGUCCCGAGUCAUACCAUCUAUGAUGUUGAGUGCCCGGAUCUUUCAUUCUGUAAAUUUACUCAUGAUGGUCGGUACCUCAUUACCUUUAGUAGGAACCACCAAGAUCUAAUAGUAUAUAGGCCGACAUGGUUGUCGUAUUCAUGCGAAGGAGAAGUUUGUGAUCUACCCUCAAAAGCGAGGAGGUUUGAGAGUUUCUUCACCCAACUGUACAGUGUCACGCUUGCUUCGUCGGGCACUGAUGUUAUAUGUAAAGAAUUUUUCCUUUACAUGGAGGGUAACCAAUUUGGCAUCUUUGCUACAUCUACAACACAAAUUCAGGAUACUCCUGCUAUUGGAGGUGCUAUUCAGGGAGUCCCUUCAUUUGAGAGGAUUGCAUUUCAUCUCUUGAGAUUGGAAGAUGGAAUAGUACUUGAUGAGAAGGUCUUUCAGAACGAUUAUGUUAAUUUGAACCAUGACAUGGGUGUCUUGUAUGAUGAUCUACUAGCAAUAGUGUCGAUUCGCUAUCAAAGGAUACAGAUUCUCCAGAUCAGGGAAUCUGGCCACCUUGUUGAUGUUCGUGCUUUAGGUCCAUUUUGUUAUGAAGAUGAUGAACUUUUCCUCAAUUCUAGCUCUCAGUGCAUGCAUCAACUCUCAGAGAAUCAUGCUGAGAAUGGUUUACAUGCCAACCAGCCAAAUCCAGAUAGUCUCUUUUUGAGUGGUAUCAAGCAGCGGUUGCUGUCCUUUAUUUUUCGGGGAAUAUGGAACGAGGAAGUUGACAGAUCACAGACAGUCCAAUCAAUGAAGAAGAAGUUCUAUUUCCACUUUCAAGAUUAUGUGGACCUGAUUAUCUGGAAGGUACAGUUUCUGGAUCGUCAUCACCUGCUUAUCAAGUUUGGUAGUGUAGAAGGAGUGCUUCAAUACUCUCGAAGUGCUGAUCACCAUCCAUCAUUCUUUGCAGUAUAUAACAUGGAGACAACUGAAGUUGUUGCAUUUUACCCGAAUUCAGCCUAUGAACUUUGCGCCUUGUUUGAGCAGUUCGGCGAUCAUUUCUAUUCAGCGUCAAGAAAUUUGUUGCACUUGAAAUUUAUAUCAUCCCACUCCAAUAACAUCCAUGCUUCUGACCAACUCCGGAUCGUGAAGAAUAAAGCUAGUAGCUCUUUGCAGUUCAUAAGGAAGAUACUGGCUUCUCUGCCUUUCAGUUGUCAGUCACAAAGUCCUUCGCCCUAUUUUGACCACUCUCUUUUCCGCUAUGACGAAAAGUUGAUCUCUGCAACAGAGAGACAUAGAACAUCUGUGGAUCAUCCCAUUAAGUUCAUUUCCAGAAGGCAGCCGUCCGUGCUCAAGUUCAAGAUUAAGCCAGGUCCUGAAGCUGGUAAUGUGGAUAAUCGAACGAGGAAGGCAACUUCUUUCCUCUUCCAUCCUUUUCUGCCACUGGCUCUCUCCAUUCAACAAUCUAUGCAUUUCCCGCCGUCGAUGAACAUUCAUUACCGGCAAUGAAGACGAACUGUUCCUAUACUACCUGGGUUUUCAUCAUGAAACUACAUCUCCAAACGAACUGCUGCGGCUUGUUGUGAGGAAGAUGUAUAUCCUCGCUAUGUGAAGUUGUGAACUCUUAUUCCGGAUCGAGGAAGUUGGUAUUAGACAAUUACCAUCGCGUUUUUCAGAGGAAUCACACGAAUUUUCCAACGGGUUUGUUUGAUCUUCCCCUCAAUAUCAAUGUAUAAAUUUGCUGUACGGUG